UGGUUCAACGGCGGAUACUAAAAGAAGAUGAAGUGAGCGAAACUCAAACAAACCAGUUGCUGUUUACUUUGCAUUUACAAACACAGCAGGGGUUUUAUUUAUUAUGUUGGUUUUGAAGAAAGUUAAGAACUAGUGUGUGAAGUAUACAACGUUGAACCCGCCAUAACUUCACGUCAAUGAGUAGCUCAGUUAACUGUUCACAGAGAAGAUAGUUGGCAGUGAGUUAGCAUCAGGCUACUAACGUCUCCAAUGAGCAGGUUUAAAACGUCGACAAGCGGCAGGUGCAGAGCUCCUGACCGGCGGAGCAAAGAGCCCCCAGCCCCCAGAGGAGCCAACAAGGUGCUGGCCGAGAGGAACCAUGCCGUGGUGGCGGUGGGAGCCUGGGUGGAGAGCGGGCAACAGUUUUUGGAGCACCCAUCUGCUCUUGCUUUGCUAACUGAAGAGAUCCAGGCAGAAAAGAAGAGGGAGACUGAGGAGAGCCUUCGACGAUUUCAAGACGAAGUACGCCAUCGUGUGGCGCAGCAAGCUCACAUCAGCAAGAAGAGACAGCAGCCUCCGACAGAUCCCAUGGUGAAACCUGAGAGGAGAAUCCCACAAAAGCAGCAACAUAUCUGGACUCAGCAAGUUUCUGGUGAGAGGCUGAUGUCAUUGGGAGGCGCUGCACAACACAGGCUGACAGAGAGCAGCCCUCAGGAGCCUAAAGGGGGCAUGAGGCAGGUGAGACUCAGACUGGCUUCUUGUCGGAUGAUCCCGCAUGGGGAAAUGACGUCAGACCUUCCCGGCGGCGCAUGGAACAUUUCUUCCACCAGACAUAAAUCUCAUAUGCUGGGAGCAGAGCAGCAAGAGGAGGAUGUUCAGGGAGGAGAAGAAGAGGAGGAAGAGGGGGAUGAUCUUCUCUUCACCAGUCAACAUGAAUGUCCCCUCGUUCAGCAAAAGGUGAGCAGACCUAGGAUGUGGGAUUCUGACAUAACUCAGACUGAUCCUGGUUCACAGUCCAACCUCAGAGUCUCUCAGGCCCUGUGGCCUCUGACUGACCAGGAAGAACUGAAGAAACAGCGUCAGUCUCAGUUCCUGAUGCACCGCCGUCUGUACAUGAGCAUUGAGAGAGAGCAGGUGAAGGAGAAUAAACAGAACAGGAGACACCUGAAGAGGACAGCCAGUAUUAAAGCAGAGAAAGAACAGGUUCGUGUGGCGGAGGAGAGGAAGAUGGAGAGAGUCCGGCAGCUCGCUGAGGCCAGACAGAAGCUGGAGGAGAGAGAGCUGCUGAUCCUGGAGAGACUGAAUCUGGAGGAGGAACAGGAGGAGAGAGCAGAGGAGCUGCAGAGGAGGAAAAAAGAAGAGCAAGGGAAAGUAUCUGCAAGGUUCAUCGAGGCCCUGAGAGCUCGGAUGAAGGAGCGAAUGUCUCAGGAGAAGCUGGAGCCUCCUCCUCUAUGCUGCUGUGCAUCUUCUUUCUGGGACUCCCACCCCGACACCUGUGCUAACAACUGCGUCUUCUACAACAAUCCCAAAGCGUAUGCCAAGGCGUUACAUUCAACAAUGUUGAGUUUGGAGUCACAGUCGAGGUGAACUGAUAAACUGAAAAGGGAUGCUGUCGAUUAAAGGAACAGUCUAACAUUUCAGGAAACACAGUGCGAGCAAACCUGAGACUCAGACUGGAAGAUGGAUGGCAUGAAAUAUCAGGUAGAUUGCCUUGGUAUUUUUUCCAUAGAUUUUUUUUUUCUCCACAAAACGAAUCCAGCUGUGUUUUGGAGUCCCAAACUUUUCAUUAAGUUCUAUCCAAACAAAAUAUCUCAACAUUAAGAGACGGAUUUGCGCAACAUAUUUUUAAGAAGUUGAUGGAUUUGAAGUGAGGAUUGCUUUGGCGAUCCCCGGACUUUGCAUCUGUUUUUAUUACUAUCGACCGGAUUUACUUAUGACAACAGAUACUAUAGACUCAUAAAUGCAGACUAACUUACCGGGGUUCCUGCUUUAACAAAAUCAUUAUUAUAAUUAAUCUACUGACUGGAGAGGUAACAAUGCAAUUCAAAUUGUUUAUUUACAUUAAAGCAAAUAGUUUUCAGAGCAAGGGAGGAUUUAGCUGUUGUUGAUAUAAGCGUCUCAUUGUAAUUGCACCAAAAACAGAUGUCAAUUCUCAGUGUAGAGUGUUGUUUAUUAAAGAUGUCUAACGUUUUUUUACAACUGCACAUGAAUGUACUUUUAGUUUAUUUAUUGCAAAUUAAGAAAUAUGCAUGUAAGCUUUUUGCUGCAAAGCUGUGAUAAGUAUGUCAUCAGGAAGUCAGUCAGGACAUGUGUAAAGUGGUAGAUUUGCUGUUUGUGGUGUGGGAUUUUGAAGAAUCUACUGUGUCAUAUCAGCGUUUUUCAAGGCUGUGUUUAAGAAACAUUUAAAUAAAAAAAUAAUUCUGGA